CUGAUUCAGUGAUUCAUUUUACACCUCCACAAUUAACUAGAGCAGCAACACCGAACACGACCUGGUUAGACCCCAAAACCCCACCCUCCCACCUAGCCUGUUCUAUGCAACUGCUGUUGCUGCGAGGCCCGCUUUCAGCAUGACACUUCUGGGAAACGGGCUCGUCAGCUUGUAGAGUGCAGACACUCCGUGCAGUUUAUGGUUAUGCUUGACGUAGUUACCCUUUUCGUUGGAGCCCUGUAUGCACGCUGCAAGGUGGGUUUCCCUUUUUCUCUGCAGGGGUGUGGAGAAAUGAAACUUUGCAGCAGCAAGGCUUUUGGGAGCUCCCUUUGCGGUCAUCAGAAUACAGACAAAAAGUAGAAAAUUUGCUUUUCACGAUAUACAAGACUGACUUGACCUCUAAAAGAAACAGUUUGCCAAAGUUCAAGUGCAUGAGAAAACAUCGCAAUCUGUUGCAGCCCCUUCCACCACAAGGCUGGGUACUUCUCACAGUCUGCCUUUGAGGUUGGAAAGAUGCCCUUUAUCGCAAACCACUAACCAGUACAGCAUAUUUGACAAGCGAUUUUCUUUAUUAAACAGCAGAUAAGAGCUGAUGAUAAAUGGAACCUGUUGCAACCACACCGAAAGGAGCAGCGUGAUACCCGUAUCCAAGGAAACAAACCCAAAAGUCUCACAAAGACCAGAAUGAUAUUAACUCUCCUGUGAGUGGGGAGGAAAGUCGUGUGUGUGUGUUCAGCUUUCCUGUAAGCCCAUCUCUGAGGCUACUGGUUGAGGUUAAUUGUCACCUCUGUAAUGUAGCGCUGUCUCUCGCUACUGGCUUCUUCACAAGCAGUCAGCAGGAAUGCAUAAAGACGUACAUCCUUUUCAUGUGGCAGCAGUAUCUUCCCACCAAGAAUACGCUGUGUACUACUGAAACUGCUGUAUCACUGUUUACUAACACUGUGCCCCAUGAAGACAGGUACAGGAGAAUAAUGCAUGUUAUAAUACAGCACCUUGGAACUGCCAAGUACUAAAGAUAAAAAUGCAAGGUUCAGGUUCGUUUUUGAGGAAGCACUUGGUGUGACAGUGUGUGUGUGAGAGAGAAGAAAAGUUCCCAGCAGUGUUAAAAAGUGCUUCCGCUGGGUCACAGGAGAAAAAGAAUGAGAUUUCAUUUAGUGUGCUGCACAGGUAACUGUGGUAGCUCACUCUUUCCUUUCGUGGAAUUUGUGAGAAGGUCUCAUUCUGAUGAUGACAAGAUGGUGGUUAGUGAGGUGGGGGUCAGCUGGAACCUCUGGCUUCCUUUCCCCACAGUCUUUUUAUAUGCAAGUUGCAAGGUCAGGCAGUUGAACAAGUGAGCAGAUAAAAGCUCAAGCUGUGUCAGACAGGCUCAUAAAGUCAAUGUCAUGCAGCACGGAGCAUAGGAGAGGAAUAGAUGAGUAAAUUGAUGAUGAGGUUUCUUGGCUAUAAGUUUUAACUAACGUGCACUUCAGUCCGUGUGGGAGGGUUUUGUGGGUGGCGAGUGUCUUGACAGCUCGAAGCUUCUUCUUCUUUUUUUUUUUUUUUUCAAAGUCAGAGGUGCUCAGCCAAAAACUACACACCUCCUUAGUGCAGAGGCGAUACAUGCACACACAGUUUGUCACUCGCAGUGAGGACCUGCAACAUGAGCUGUGACCAGAGCUACCCAUUCCCACAGGUGUUCCUCGUGGAUGAAGGCAGUGGCCGUGGGGGUCGGCAGCACCCUUCCCAGUCGCCAAAUCUUGUACCCUGCUGGUCCUUCCCGCCUCCCCAGGAGAGAGCAAGGGCCCCUAGGAAGAGCCGGGGCUGCAUGGGGGUCAGCUACAGCGCAGCCCUGGUUGUGCUGAUGCUGUUCCUGCUUGUGUUUGCAGCCCUGGGGCUCGGAUUCUACCAGAUUUACAACAUGCAGAAAGAGCUGAAAGACAUUGAGGCGAAACCUGCGAGUGAGUUUAAUGCGGCACAGAAGCAAAUUGGUCACUAUGAACCAGAGGUGAACGGAGGAGACAAAGAUGAGGACAGACCUGCAGCGCACGUGAUUGGGCGGAUUGAAAAAAGGCACUCCAAUACUUUGCGCUGGGAUCCGCGGACGGGUCGGGCUUUCACAUCCGGAGGAGUCGCUUACCAGUUUCAGGACGGCGCCCUGCAAGUCAACGAGACCGGACUCUUCCACGUCUACUCCAGAGUGGAGUUGAUCUUUAAGGACUGUGACCUCAAGUCCACAUUUGUUCACUCUGUGUUUGUGAGGAGAGAAGGAGUCUCCUUACCCAUGACCCUGAUGGAGGCCCACAGAGCGAGUUUCUGCUCCCAGCAUCCGGGACGCCCGUGGACCACAGAGAGUUACCUCGGCUCCACCCUGCAGCUGCAGAAACAAGACAGGGUCUUUGUGAAUGUUUCGCAGCCCAAUUCUCUCAGUCAUGAACAUUAUGCCAACUUCUUUGGUCUUUACAAGAUCUGAAGAGUUGGAGGUUUUUGUGGUGUAGUGAUUUUACUCCACUGAAAGAAUGUAAAAACUGCUCAGGCAGAAGUGAAUCUUACUCACCACUUUGCCGGAACAAUUCCCAUGUUGAAUGUCGUUUUGAUGUGACGUAUAAUAUCUGCACUGAAAAGCAUAAUAUGAAAUGUAAUGUUAAAGGUGCAGUGUGUAAGAAUGUCAUGACAUCUCUGUAUUGUGUUGCAGAGAUGUCUACUAUAGCUCCCAAUCCAGAACUGUAAACACCAACACUCCCCCGGAUCUCCCAGCACCCAGUCUGAACCAGUAGCUGUACGGCUAACUGAGCUAACUGGCUAACAUCAUACUCUGGUGAUCUGCAGCCGCCCCCCCAGACAACUGGCCAAUUCUUACACAUUGCACCUUUUUAACCCAGAAAAUCUUAUACAUUCUCUUUAAUGCCAGCUUUGAAAUUAGUGAAACAAAUAUUUGUAACUUUUUAUAAAAGUUGAGAGAGUCAGUCAACACUAAUGCGCUGAUCUAGUUGUAGCAUCUGUAAAAUAUUUAUUUUAGAGUCGAUCUGACACGUCUGGUGUCUAAAUAUGUGCUUAUGAAAGGCAAACAGUGUUAUAUGUUGGUAAAUAAAGAGUUAAUUUAAGUUGA